AUGGGGGAGCACUUCAAGGAACUGUUAAAUUGUGAAGACAACCAAGAGGAACGAGUAAGAGAUGCUCCAGAGGAAGUCGAAGAAGAUCAAGAUAUAAAUUUGCAGUGCCCCACAAUGGACGAAAUUAGGAUUGCCUUGAAAACAUUAAAAAAUACUAAGGCUCCAGGCCUAGACAACAUAGCACCGGAGCUCUUAAAAGCUGAUAUUGAAAGUACUGUUAAAAUGCUCCAUCCUUCGCUGAAGCAUAUUUGGCUUGAAGAGAAAUCUCUGAAGGAGUGGGAAAAUGGUUUGGUGGUAGAGCUCCCAAAAAAGGGAAAUUUGUCAGACUGUAACAACUGGCGUGGUAUUACAUUGUUGUCAGUGCCCACCAGAUUCAUCACCUUCGUCUCUGCAUAUGCUCCUACUUUAGACAGUGAUGAAGACACAAAGAAUCAGUUCUACCACCAACUGAACAGUACUCUCUCUAAAAUACCCAUUCAAGAUAAAUUAAUUUUACUUGGUGAUUUCAAUGCCAGAAUGGGAAGGGACAACCGUUUUUGGAGAGAGGUCAUGGGUAAACAAGGGGUGGUAAACUGCAAUGCAAAUGGGUUGUUACUUCUUGGUCUAUGUGCUGAGCACGAGCUUUUCAUCUCCAAUACCCAAUUCCGUUUGCGUAACCGCUAUAAGACCACAUGGAUGCACCCACGCUCCAAACAUUGGCAUCUUAUAGACUACGUUAUUACGCGACAGCGUGACAAGAAAGACAUUCUCAUCACAAAAGCAGCACUAAACAUCGAUGAGUGCUGGGCUGACCAUAUACUUUUAGUCAGCCGUUUGAGAGUACCAAAGUAUCGCAAGCCACGAUCCCACUUUUCAAACCCACCACGCAGAAAAUUCAACAUAAGCAACCUGAACAACAAAAACGUUCGCUCACACUUCCAAGACAUACUGUCUGAACAACUUAACAAAGCUCCAGCAACCACAGAUGACGUCGAACAAGAAUGGACCACAUUAAAGAACAUCAUCAAAGAAACUGCUGAGAAUGUUGUUGGUUUUAGUGCACGGAAAAGAAGUGACUGUGCACGGAAAAGAAGUGACUGGUUUGAUGACAACCAUGGAGAAAUCCAAGCCAUCAUCAAUGCAAAGCGGGAUGCUUACCUAUCCCUUGCUCAAGAUCCGUCCUGCGCAGAAAAGAAAGCACACUUUCAAGAACUCAAGCAGAAAUGUCAAAGUAAAAUACGAGUAAUCAAGAACAAAUGGUGGCAACAGAAAGCCACAGAACUCCAAAAUCUUUCCGAUGCAAGGAACCUGCGUGGCUUCUACGCUGGUAUUAAAGAGCUGUAUGGACCUAUCCGCUCCUCAUCAGGAACACUGAAAGCUGCUGACAACUCCACCAUUCUUACUGAAAGUCAGGACAUCUUAAAUCGUUGGAAAGAGCACUUCAGCUCACUGUUAAACCGCCCUUCUACUGCCGCUAGAGAUUUUCUCAAAAAUGUCCCACAGCACCCCCCAAAACCCUGGAUGGCUGAUCCUCCAACUUUUCAAGAAUUCUGCAAGGCACUCAAGAGUGUGAAACCUGGGAAGGCUGCUGGACCUGACAGCAUCCCGAUGGAGCUUACUGAUGGUGGCGGCUUGCCUCUAAAAACUAGACUCUUCUCACUCAUUCUAUUAAUGUGGGAAACCCGCAAGUUACAGAGAAAUGUUAUAAAUUUGCAAAAUAAUAAGGAGUACUUGACAAAAAAUGAUGAUGUAUCAAGUCCUGCACCUCUCAUAGUUAACUAUAGAGCAGGCAAUGAUUCACAUGCUGCAACUUAUUACCAGGCGGUAGAUAAACGAUUGCAAAUAUCGAUCCAAAGCAACCGGCUAGGAGAAAAAAUAAAAUAUGCUCUGUUACACAGCCGCUUGUGA